GGCGAGUCCAAAUGCAAGACUGCUGCUUUGGCUGUUUCUCAAGAGACCAGAAUCAAGAUUAAUUUAAUCUUUCAAUUUAUUCUAUUAUUGCGCACCAGGAUUUUUCAUCCGCACCAAAAACGCCAAAUUGAUGCGCUGUCGCCCAUCCAACCAGACCCUAACCAGCGCACUGCAUUUGGCGGCGCCCCCCUCCCUGGCUCGUGCUAACCAAAGUACCUUGUACCUCGACCUGCUGCCAGCUUCUGCCCUCUUUUCCAUCUCGAACCAUUCAUUCCCUUUCCUUCUUCACUUCCACGCUUCCUCUUUUACGCUUUGAAACCCCAUCAACUCCGCCCCGAUUGACGACAGGCGCGAAUAUCUACACGACUGUCCAAGGGUACACUCGCUUUGGCAAAUGCAUUGGCCCUGACCUCGCUGUCUCCGCGCACGACUCGACUUCCCUGACGCCGAUAUCCCCCUCCGCGAGCAGGUCCCUCAAGGUCACCUUGAAUACUUCCGCUGGCAUCGCAGUCGUCUCACGAUUCGAUUCUCAUGAGUCAACAAUCACAGAAUGGACGGGCCAACGCCUCGUUCCAGCGUAGCUUCAACGCACCAGUGGAAGCCCCUCAAAUUUAUUCGGCUUCCUAUUCUGGCGUCGAUGUCUACGAAAUGGAAGUAAACGGAGUAGCCGUCAUGCGACGACGACACGAUUCUUGCCUGAAUGCUACGCAGAUCCUAAAGGUCGCCGGCGUUGACAAGGGCAAGCGUACCAAGAUUCUCGAAAAGGAAAUCCAGACUGGCGAACAUGAAAAGGUUCAGGGCGGAUACGGCAAGUACCAAGGCACCUGGAUCAAGUUUGAACGCGGUGUUGAAGUCUGCCGUCAGUACCACGUCGAGGAACUGCUUCGACCACUCCUCGUUUAUGAUAUGGGUCAAGAUGGCGGCGUUGCUGGCCAAGGCGACCUCAAUACUCCCACUAAGGAACAGGCAAUGGCUGCUCAGCGAAAGAGAAUGUAUAGCUCAGGUGCCGAUGGCCGUCCUAACGGCAUGUCCGGCACCUUUUUCAAGAAUAUCUCAACGACAGCCUCGCAUGCUGUUGCUGCCAUUAGCAAAGCUCGAUUCGACUCGCCUGGCCCUCGAAACCGCAAUGGUCCUACACGAGCCCCAAGCUUUAGCCGACAACCAUCAAUGACUAACGGUGACGAAUUCCCCCCGAAUUCUCAACAGAGCUACACUUCCGAUUAUAAUCAGCCCGUUGACUCCGCAUAUUCAACACAGCAAAAUGGCAUGCAGAUGAAUGAAGUCGAACCACCUAGGAAACGACAGCGCGUGAACAUGACACCUGCCGAUAGCUUUGGAGGAUACAGCCAGAAUGUGGACGCCUUAGCCGCCGCCUUCCCUGGCUCCCCUACUGAAGCGAAUGAGUCGUUCAUGUUCUCACAAGCUACAGCACAAGAUCGACCAUCGCUAGACGACGGCAGUGGACCGCUGGCCCCUCUUCCAUAUGAUAUGUCGCCAGAAGUUGAGAUGAAGCGUAACAUGCUGAUGGGCCUCUUCAUGGACUCGGAUAGCAACGACACAUCGAAACAUGAUAUGCUACGAACAUUCAGUCCAGCCGAGCUCGAUAUGCCCAUUGACCCUCAAAGCCACACUGCCCUGCAUUGGGCAGCUACCUUGUCGCGAAUGCCGCUACUACGUGCUUUGAUUUCCUCUGGCGCCUCGGCAUACCGGGUCAAUGCGGCUGGUGAGACAGCUCUUAUGCGUGCUUGCCUCGUUACAAACUCUAUGGACCAUGGCUCCUUUCCCGACUUGCUUGAGGCCCUAGGCGGUACGAUUGAAGCCCGUGAUCAAAAGGGACGCACUGUAUUGCACCAUAUUGCUGUCACUAGUGCUGUCAAGGGCCGCAAUGCUGCUAGCAGAUACUACCUCGAGAGUUUGCUUGAAUGGGUAGUUCGACAGGGCAGCGUUCCCAGCAGCCAGGCCAAUGGUCAUGGUUUACCCGGCUCCCAGUCUGCCAUUCCAAAGAUGGGCAUCGCUCGAUUUAUGACGGAGAUUGUAAACGCACAAGACCGAUCUGGAGACACUGCUCUCAACAUUGCUGCCCGAUUCGGCAACCGAAGCAUCAUCUCACAGCUGCUUGAGGUUGGAGCGGACCCCAACAUUGCUAACAGAGUUGGUCUACGUCCCGUUGAUUUUGGCAUUGGCAACGAGAACAGCGAAGACAAGGUCAACGGUGAGGUUGCCCUUCUCGAGAAGCCCAACGCCACUGGCUCGGUUGAGAAAACCCGCGAAAGUAGCGAUGAAAUCAUUGCUUCCAUUACACACCUGUUGAGCGAAACAGGUUCAGCCUUCCAGCAAGAAAUGAAGUCCAAGCAAGUCUCGCUCGAUGCUCUCCACGCUACCCUCCGAAACACAUCUUCACAACUCGGAGAUGCUCGCCGUAAGAUUGAGACUCUUACUACAACAGUGACGAAGCAACAGCUUGCUCGCCAAAAGGUCACCAAUCUUGCCAACGCCUGCGAGGAGGAAAAGCUCCGCUUGAUGAACGAGCAAGCCCGCUCAUCGCAACCAACCCCCAACUCGUCUUGGGAGAACGAACUUGGCGCUAUGCUCGAGGCUGCUGACCACGGCGCUGGUUUCGGUGCCGACAGCAUGCUCCCGUCUGCAUCAGUAUUAAGAGCGCGCCUCCGCGCUAUUGAAAUCCGCCGCGACACCACCAAGAAGAUGGUCCAAGCUCUCCAGGGCCGCAGCCGUGACGUAGAAGUCAAAUACCGCCGUGUAGUUGCUCUAUGCACGGGUGUACAAGAACGCGAGGUUGAUGCCGUCGUCGACGGUCUCCUCAAGGCUGUCGAGAGCGAACGUGACGAGCUGGAAAUUGAUCGCGUCAGACGCUUCCUGGGUGGCGUGGAAGGCGUCGUACACUAAUGCUUAAUGCUAUUUAUUUGUUUUUCUAGCCCUACUUGGGUGGCGUUUGUUUGGUUAUAUGAUGUUAUGGAGUACUGGUUUCUAUCGUUUUCUUGUUUUGGGCACUACUGCUUCAGACCCUUCUUGGGAGUCUCUGUCGAAGCAGCGGAUCACAGGAUGCUUUGUGGAGCAAUUGUAUUGUGUAUUUUCACGAUUUGGGUAUUACAUAUGGGUGUCACACUCUAUAGCAGAAGUUAAUGGACAAUGCAGCUCUAUUGCCGCUUUUACUUUUUUCUACGUGAGCUGGUCUCUAUCUCGCCUCAAUGUAACAAACAUGGUUAAAACAGGAACCACAUGGUUCAACACAAAAUAAAUGGUAUGCAGUAUUUCGCUAAGUAUAUGAAGAAAAGGAAACGCCGACGCCAUGCCAUGCCAUGAUGUAAAAUAGAAUGGACAGAGUAAAUCUGGGUAUACUCAUUCUGCGUUUAAUGAAGCCCAUUGCGAUAUACCCCAGCCCACUUGUUUUCAAGUUUGGUGAUUUGACUCCUCAGGUCGUCAAUCUCUGUGUCAAGCUCGUCUCCGUUCCGGCUUAACGCCGCCACUUCCUCAAAUCUUCGUGCUCCCUUAGCAAGCUUGAGCAUGUCAUUCACCAUGAACCGCUGCUCUUCCAAUAUCACCAGUCGCUCUCGCAAGUCCUUCUCUUCCGUUUCGAGCUGACUGACUACAGUACUACUCUCACUGGCAGCUUGAGAAGCAGUGUCUGAUUCAGCCAGCUCGCUGUGACGUAGACCUGAGGAUAUCGAAUGAUUUGAGGCGUUGUGCUUGUGACUAGAUUUUCUGGAUGACGAGGAUGUUGUACCUUUGCGUAAGAGACUAGGGAGACUUUUUAAUGGUAACAUGUUGGUGUGGAGGAAGCCGCUGGAAUACAGAUAGAUGGCAUUUUGCAACUUCUUUUGUGUCGCGCUUUCGGUUGGCAGGUCGCGUAUGCGCUUUGCCGCCACGCUGUACUUGCCAAAGCUAUCAAUCAGCCGCUUUCGUAUCUUACCGGCUUCCUGAAUUUGGGCAUGGGUUGGAGGUGGGCGAUUCAAGUUUACUUCGCCGCCAUCUAAUAGCUCUGGCUGAAGAUUGAGGAGCGCUCGUUGGAAGGAAGGAAGAAGCUGCCGAAUGCCUCGCUCGAACUGCCGCAUUGUUUCGUAUGCGCGCUGGUCUGCAGGUUUGAAUUGUAGCGAGCUUUCAAAGUCGCGCCGCGCGAAGAUGGUAUGAUUACAAUCUUGGCACAUUCGGACAUCAACAACAACCUGCUUCGAGCCUACUAGCGGCUUCUCUGUUACAGUAUCGACGGCUAGGGAGCAUGUUAGCACAAAUGCUGGGCCUUGGAUCCCUGAUAUACUCACAUGCAGCUACAUUCAAGCUCAUGUCUAUGGAGCACCCGGUUUGCGUAUCAGCGCAAACGACACGUCCACAUAUACGGCAAUGGUGCCGCCUAAAUGUCCAAGAGCCAAACUCUUGUUGACAGAACGGACACUUGGAAAUGGUCUCAUCAUCUUCCCAGUUGACGACCGACUGCUCAAUUGUUUUCCGUAGAUUCUUUUGUCCUGUCAGGCUCGCCAUCGGUGAUAAUAUAGACGAAUUAGAAGAUGGUAUCUUAUCAGCAGAGUCGGCCAGGAGCCGGGUAAGUUUUGUCAACCGCUUUUCCAGUCGCGAUGUCUCUAGCUUGUGUCGCUCGACUUUUUUCCGUCGAGUUUCGGCGAAUGCGUUGGUCUGAUCGAUUAGAACGCCAGCAUGAUCAUUGUAUCCUUCGCGUGACUUGUAGCACGUUUCGCAAACACGAGCCCAGAACCCUCGCAUGGGCUCGUGUUGGGCGCUGCGGCUAAGCUUCAUUUGGUACAUGGUAUGCUCCUCGCAAAAGAGUCUGCCACAGCUCCUGCAGUUUAUGCUUCCAUUGAUUGGACCCAGGCGUUUGCCACAGGCUGGGUCAGUGCAAAGGUCAUGAUUCGUACUUCGUUGCCAGUGAUGGCGUGUAAUGAGCUCGUCUGGGUCUAUGUGGUGGUCCAGAGGGGCUUUGCCCGAUGGUGUCGACGAGGCAGUUGGUACAUGUUGCGAGUCGUUAGAUUCGAAGACUUCCAAUCCUCGAAGCUUCUGGUUUAGUAUUGAGAGCGGUUGGAACUUUUUGGCUCGAGACACUUGCUUGUCGAACCAUGUCUUGACUUCGUCUUGCUCUUCUUCGGGGAGCUCUUGGUGCAUGUCGUCGAUGUGUCGGUUUAAUUGAAGCAACGUGACCUGUGAUGUAUCGUAUCAGCUCUCGUCGGUACCGUGGCACUGAAAGUACGUACCAUUGCCUCAUUACAGAUCGGGCAGACCAAAUUGGACGGGUCUGUAACGCCGACUUUAGGCUGCGCCCCGAUACUGAUACUGGCGCCGAUAUCCUGGCUCAAGUCUGGCAGACUGGCCGUCCCAGGAGGCGAUAUGGAAGAUGAGCCUAUGGACACUGUGCUAUCCGAUGUUGGAAGUGGACUCGAAGGGCGGGCAGCAGAGAUUGGCGGCGCAAGGCCCCUUCCGCUGCCUAGGAUGCGGCCGCCUCCCAGUUUACGUCCGGACAUGGCGGGUGGUGGACGUGGACUUCAUGGAGGGACAAAAAAGGAAGAACCGGUAGAAUAAAAUGGUUAUGGCGAGUGGCUGAUCUGGAAUACAGCAAAAAGAAUCAAAGCGCGCGAGAUUAAGCGUUGUUAAAAAAAGCAAAGACCAAGAAGGCAGAAGAGGCGUGGAGGGG